UGGAACUGUUUUCUUAGUCUCCUCUCUGGAGUGUUCACUUUACAUAAUUCUUACUUGAACUAAACAUCUACUGUACUUAAUCAAUUAAAAUCUGGGUUUCCCUUUGGCAUUAACAGCCAAAGAAUGUAAACUAACAUAACAGACCAAAUUUUUAGCACAACAUAUUACUUAAUGAAUUCUUACACUAUUCCACAGAUAUGAGAAGUUUGCAAUCUAGGAUCUUGGAGCUAAUAAAUGGUACUUUGAAUUCGGACACCUUCUCGACAGUGUCUCCGAAUGGCCGCAGCCUAUUCAGAUCAUCCUCUACCGGGUGUUUGGCUAAGAGUGGUCGCUGGAACCCCAAAGGCGUGCUACAAUAAAUCUGCUGGCCAGUUAGCCAUUCGUAAAGCAAACCAAGGUUUCUUCUGCUUCCGGCACAGUGAGGCUCUCUCCCCCCAUAACUCGCUGUAACAAAGGACAAGCUCCUCGCAACAUAAGUCCACGGAUUUGGAAACCAGUUUGGAACCAUCUGUCUACUGCUUUCUAGAAAAAAAGGCAGGCAGGACCAGCAGUAACAGCAGAACCGCACUUCACCGUAGUCGGUCCAAACUUUACCGGUACGACUGAGCUCCCCGCCAGCACCGGGUCAUCGAUCUCGCGAGAUGAUGGGUCCUCGAAAGGCACAAACUUCCCCCUUUGCGAGCACCGAGGUUUUGCUGUCAAAUUCCGGGAGUGCGGAAGUGGCCCCGUGGUGUUGCCUCUAAUCGUUCAGAAGUCAACUCCUUUUCUACACGAAAAGCUAGGCCUCAGACCGCUAUGGAUGGGCAGCAAGGGCAACCAAGCCAAGCAUCGCUGGCACUCGCCCAAGCUCACUUCAACAAGGGCGAAUACGCGGAAGCCGAGACGCUAUACUCCGCUUACAUUCGCCAGUGCGCCUGUGCAGGCUCCGAGGGAGCUGCGCCCGGGAGCAAAUGCAGCCCCGAGGAUUUGGCUACUGCUUAUAACAACAGGGGGCAAAUCAAGUACUUGAGGGUUGAUUUUUAUGAAGCCAUGGAUGACUACACAUCUGCCAUACGAGUCCAGCCCACGUUCGAAGUUCCGUAUUACAACAGAGGGUUGAUACUGUAUAGGCUGGGAUACUUUGAUGAUGCUUUGGAAGAUUUCAAGAAGGUAUUAGACUUAAAUCCUGGAUUCCAAGAUGCUACUUUGAGCUUAAAACAGACUAUUCUAGACAAAGAAGAAAAACAAAGAAGAAUUAAUGAAAAAAAUUAUUGAAAGUUUUAGCAUAAUUGAAAUAUUAACUCAUGAUCCUUAUACCUGGCAUCUCGUUGCUUGUAAUGUCAAGUUAGGUGUUGAGCUAUUUCGAUUUAUAUUUAAGGUAGAGAUUCAUUAUUAGCACUGAAAGUUAAGUGAUGCAUUUAAAGUAGUUAAUUUCAGAUUGAGUAACUGUUGAAUAAGUUGCUUUUUAUAAAGUGUAAAUAAAUAAUACCAAGG